GUGAAGAAAAAAUCCCCAAUUUUCUGCAAUUUUUGCCUUUAAACCAAAGAUUUUUCUGCCAUUUUUCACAUGUACUGAGAGAUUUCAUACAACUUUUCCCCAGCUGGCAUCCCAGCUUUAGAUUUCCCCUGUGAGGAGAGCUGCCCAGUGGACCAUUGGACCGGAGGCACAGGAGGAGGAGCCAGCUCCUGCGGUGCAGGGCCGGAGGUCAUCGCUCAGCGGGGUGUGCUACCUGACCAUGGGUCUCCUCGUACUGCUCCUGGGCUUGGUCUUUGCAUCGAUGUAUGUGUACAGAUACUUCUUCAUCACCCAGCUGCCCCGUGAGAGUGUGUUUCACUGCGGUGUCCUUUACGAAGACUCGCUGUAUUCGCCAUUCAAAGGGCAGCUCGAGUUGCAUGAAGAUGUCAAGAUUUACAUUGAGGAGAACUACGAGCAAAUCAACGUCCCAGUGCCCCAGUUUGGAGGGAGCGACCCUGCAGAUAUCAUCCAUGAUUUCCAGCGAGGUCUGACAGCUUAUCAUGACAUAACACUGGAUAAAUGCUACGUCAUCGAGCUCAACACCACUAUCGUGAUGCCUCCUCGCAACCUGUGGGAGCUGCUGGUUAACGUGAAGAAAGGGACAUACCUGCCUCAGACAUACAUAAUCCAAGAGGAGAUGAUUGCAACAGAGCACGUCAGUGACAUGGAGCAGCUUGGCUCUUUCAUCUACCGCCUCUGCAGUGGCAAGGAGACCUACAGGCUGAAGCGGAGGAGCGCAAGGAGACGUAUCAGUCGACGUGAGGCUGGAAACUGUCAUCGUAUUCGUCACUUUGAAAACACUUUUGUGGUUGAAACUGUUAUCUGCAAAAAGUCCUGAAGCCACUGUCCGAUAUAACCUUCCUUGGCUUUGCUUGCAUACAUGUGCACACACAUGCUCUCAGCCUUCUCUUUAGUCAUGGUAAUCUGUCUUUUUUACUCUCUCCCCUGCUUGUGCAGCUCUAACCUCUUGGGUCCAUUGUGGCCUGACAGUGGAUUCCCUUCUCUCCCUGCUACCUACCUGAGACGUUUGCUGGGCUUAAAUUUACACAGUAGUUCAAGAUACCUUGGGAGUAGAUGCAGCUUCUUACACACCACAGGACAAUAAUCUAUUUUGGGAGCAGGUUUGGGGUAGAAGGGAUGGCCGAGAAAUAGGAGUGCUGGAAAUAGGUGCUCUUUUCCUGGCUGAACGAUUUCAGGCUGGUAUAGUACUUUGAGGCUGCCUUGACACCAGGACAGAAGGUGUAUGCACAAGAGGAGGGUUACCAUUUUGAUGCUGAUAUAAUGACCAGAAAUAGAUAACCAGAUGCACUUAGGAAAAGAAUAGUUGUGAGGCUACAGACAGUGUGGUUCAGAAGGCUCGGCAGAAGAAGGGUUUCUGUGACCAUGCUGUGGUGGUCCCAGCUUGUGCUGUGUGCUGUCCCCCUGGAGAUCAGAUUUUCAAACAUCAAAAGCAACCACUAUAUGUUAUUUUUAUGACUGGCUCCUGGACUCACACCUCCCCACGUCUCCUGAAUGCAUCAUGGCCCGGAGUGACCCACUGAGUAAUGCAGGGUAUCCUGAUGGGUGUUCAGGGUGGGUGGGAGGCCAGGGCAAGGGGCAGUGAGGCAGGCUGGAAGUGACACGAAUGACACAGCAUGUCCCUGCUCCCCGGCCACAAAGCAGAGGGUGAAGUGCAAGGCUAUGUGGCCUGUUCUCUAACACACAGUUGCAGCUGCUGUGGAUCCUGGGCAGAUCUGCUGUCACUUUGCCCAAGGUGCCAAAGCUCUACGGAUGUCCCAUCUAUAGGCCAUGGCUGCGGGUGGUUUGCUCCAGCUUGUGCCUGUCCUGGCCAGCUCUGCUUGCUUGGGGAGAUGAGUUAUGUUCACAUGGGUCUGUCUUCCUGAGUUGUUGAGAACCCAUCUGUGUGCGGAUGGGGUGCCAUGCCUACGUACGAAGUGGUGUCAGCAGCAGAACUGGCAAGUGCAGAAGCAGAAUUUUUUUUUUUUUAACAGAGUGUGUAUUCUUGUAUAACUCCUCUGAUGAAAGCUGUUUUGAGAGUAAUUACUGUAGUCCAGCCAUGUAUCACAUUAUCUGCAGGCACUAUUGUAAUAUGGAUAUUGAUACAAGGCAAGAUUCAUCUGAUCAAUAUACUGCAGAGAAAUUGUGUGAACGAAACUGCAUUUCUAUUGAUCAUCAGACAGAAGAAUUGCAGGGUAAUUAAAUAUUCUUCCCUCCGUUCCAUAAAUAUAGUUAAUUAGGUUCUUGAAAUGAAGGCAGUUUUUUGGCUUGAAAGAAUGGGUUGAGUUUCAGCUUGGCACGUUCUUGUUAAUUGGUUUCCAGCAAAUCUGGACUUGUUCACCAUCUGUUGAAAUGAGCUUGUUGUUUUAGAAGAGGAAGGAUCAAGUAAAUGCAAGUACAAUCAUUAACUCGGCAAAACCAAAAAAAAAGUUAAUAUAUUUUACAGUGAAACUUUAAAGUAAUAAUACUGUGAAUUAAUUAUGUGAAAACAAAACAGGAUCUCAAAAUGGUCAUGUAGUGCAAUAGAAAUUAGCCUUAGAGGCUGAAAAUUUAUUUUUUUAUAUAAACAUAGUCAACUAUAAACGUUUUAACACAUAGAGGAGGACACUUUGGUUUCAUUCUGCUUUAAGCUUGAUGUAAAAUGAAGAAUUAGGUGCACUUCAUGCAGGUUGGUAAGGAAAGUUUCCCACUGCCAGAGGGUUAUUUGCUUUUCUAGCAUUGUUCUUCCAGCGAUAACUUGCUGCUAGCCCUAAGCUUUCACUGAGGAGUGGAUGACAAGAAGUGGGUCAGAGAAUUGGUUUGUUUAAUGGAAGUGCCACAAACUAGUAAAUUUAAGCCCUGCAUUUCUCUUCAUUUCUAGGAACCUAAGCCUGCACUCAGGUGAGCAUACAGACCUUUUUACCCUUCCUUCUGAUUCUGCAUGAAUUAACUGGUCAUUGAAUAUGCUAACUCUGUGCAAUCCUGCAGCUCUAAGGACAAACUUUGGUUCUUUUUAAGGUGAACUAAUGUGGUCACUGUUUCAUAGGAUGAGAAUGCAGUUGUCUAGAAAGAAAACAUAAAAUGCUUUGUAUAUUUUGUCUGGUAGGACUCUUACUUCUUAGGAAAAAUCCAUGGGAUAAUAAAAUCUUUUACCUCUGAUA